AUGCAAUGUAAAGAAAACAAUCCAGAAAGCAUGUCAGCCUUGGGUUGGCGAUUAGCCCUCUCUCGAGCAGUUAAAUUCACCGGUAUCUAUAGGAUCGACGAACCUGAAAUGAUUGCAAUGAUACCAAGACCUUGUUACGGCUUAUUGCUUGUCUGUCCAGUCAAUAAAGCAUCCGGAACGUCCCAACAGACCAUAGGGACUGGUUGUGGUAUUAUCGCACUCCUGCACUGUUUGCUCAAUGGGAGAGCUCGCUCCUUCGUCGAAGCCUAA